AGGGGCCCCAACCCAUCCCCACCCCCAUUGAUCACGGGUUCUGUGGUGUGCACAGCAAUUGCGUUGCUUGCACUGUAAUUGAACAGCCCCUGUCUCGUGGUCAGUUCCUCAGAGACCUUCUAGUCCCUUUCAGUUUUGGUGGUUGCUUCUCCUUUUCUCUCUUUUCCCCCUUUUUCCUUCCUUUCCUUUGUUUUUGUCUUCCUCCCUUCCCUCCCCAGUGAGAAGAAGGACACAACGAUGGCUGAUGACCAAGACCUUUCAGAAGUGGAGAUGAGCCCAGUGGGUUCUGAAGACCACCACUGCCUCUCCCCAGGACCCUCCAUGGCAUCAGACAACUCCCCACACCUCACUGGCUCUGGGAACGGGGAGAUGGGGAAGGUGAAGAAGGAACAGCAAGAUUCGGAGGCAGAUGAUGACAAGUUCCCGGUGUGCAUCCGCGAGGCAGUCAGCCAGGUGCUGAGCGGCUAUGACUGGACCCUGGUUCCCAUGCCCGUCCGGGUCAAUGGAAGUAACAAGAGCAAACCCCAUGUCAAGAGGCCCAUGAAUGCCUUCAUGGUCUGGGCACAGGCUGCCCGGAGGAAACUGGCUGACCAGUACCCCCACCUGCACAAUGCUGAGCUCAGUAAGACGUUGGGGAAGCUCUGGAGGUUAUUGAACGAAAGCGACAAGCGGCCCUUUAUCGAAGAGGCGGAGCGGCUGAGGAUGCAGCACAAGAAGGAUCAUCCUGAUUACAAGUACCAGCCCCGCCGGCGGAAAAAUGGCAAGGCCACACAGGGCGAGGGUGAAGGCCAGGUAGAGGGGGAGGCUGGUGGGGCUGCUGCCAUCCAGGCCCACUACAAGAAUGCCCACCUGGAUCACAGGCAUCCCGGCGAAGGGUCGCCCAUGUCUGAUGGUCAUCCAGAACAUUCUUCAGGUCAGAGCCAUGGGCCCCCCACACCUCCUACCACCCCUAAGACCGAGAUGCAGGCAGGCAAGGCCGAUUCCAAACGAGAAGGGCGUUCCCUGGGGGAAGGGGGAAAGCCACACAUUGACUUUGGCAAUGUGGACAUCGGGGAGAUCAGCCAUGAGGUGAUGUCCAACAUGGAGACCUUUGAUGUCAAUGAAUUCGACCAAUACCUGCCACCCAAUGGACACGCCAGCCACCCAGGCCACGUUGGAGGCUAUGCAGCAGCAGCCGCUGCUGGCUACGGCCUCGGGAGCGCCCUGGCUGCGGCCAGCGGACACUCUGCCUGGAUCUCCAAGCAGCAUGGAGUCUCCUUGUCCACUGCCACCUCAACGGUGGUGGACUCAAAGGCCCAGGUGAAAACGGAGGGGUCUGCCCCUGGAGGCCAUUACACUGACCAGCCCUCCACCUCCCAGAUUGCUUACACAUCCCUGAGUCUGCCCCACUACGGCUCGGCCUUCCCCUCCAUCUCCAGGCCACAGUUUGACUACCCGGACCACCAGCCUUCGGGACCCUACUACAGCCAUUCCACCCAAGCCUCUGGCCUCUACUCUGCCUUCUCCUAUAUGGGACCUUCCCAACGUCCCCUUUACACUGCCAUCUCUGACCCUGCACCCUCCGUGCCACAGUCCCAUAGCCCCACACAUUGGGAACAGCCCGUGUACACAACUCUCUCCAGACCAUAG